CCAGUCGUGAGAUCAUUCGAGGUGCGUGGCCGCGACGAUUUGCGCGACUUGCGGGAAAGAGAGAGAGAGAGAGAGAGAGAGAGAGAGAGAGAGAGAGAGAGAGAAAAAGAUAUCGACUUUUGUACCUCUCGACGUGGAUUCUCCAGACGCGCGCGUGUCCACGUUUUCUGCGGAUUUCAUCCGCGGAUGUGCCUCCUCCCCCUCCUAUCUCCCUUCCGCACCCCCUGCGGACGAAGACACGCGUUCUCUCCGGUGGUGUUAAUUGUGCGCCUCUCUUCGUGCCUGCAAGUGCUUCCUCGAAUCCCGGCGUGCGGACGGAUUACGGAAAGCGGGGAGCUGCACGCGAUCCGUAAAUUUGCAUGGACAACCCCGUACUGUGCGUGCCCGCGUUUCCGUGAACGGCGCUUACAUAAAUAACGACGAGGAACCACGAGUUCCAUCAACCGAACGUUUUGGGGAUGCGGAUUUUGACGAGCGGGACUCUUUCGGGACGAUGACCGAUGACACAACUGCAAGAUUUAUGAGCGACGGGAUGUAACGUCUAGCCGUCGCAAUUGAGUCCGCGCGUCGAACCAUAAAAUCUAUAUAUUCUCGGGUAAAUAAAAAAAAAGCUGUGAAUUAUCGAGAUGAGCGGAAUGAAGAAGGCGAUCGGAGGUUCCAUUCACAGAAUACGGGAGUUCGAGCUCGAGAAGGUGAAUCUGAUCGAAGAGUUCGACAUCCUGCAGAUCGUCGGCGAGGGAUGGUUCGGCAAAAUCCUGCUGACCGAGCAUCGCAGCACGCAGACCGAGAUGGUGCUGAAGGCCCUGCCGAAGGCGUACACCGGCAUCACGGACUUCUUUCGGGAAUUUCAUUAUGGGUUACAUCUGUCGGCGCACAGAAACAUUAUAACCACCUACGACGUGGCAUUCGAGACGGCCGGCUUCUACGUUUUCAGUCAGGAAUAUGCCCCGCUCGGCGAUCUCACGUCGAACGUGACGGAGACGGGGUUGGGCGAGCUGCACGCGAAGAGGGUGGCCAGGCAGCUCGCCGCCGCGGUGCAUCACAUACACAGCCGUGAGCUGGUGCAUCGCGAUAUCAAGCUCGACAACGUACUCAUAUUUCGCAGCGAUUUUUCGCGCAUCAAGCUCUGCGACUUCGGCGAGACUAGGCGGGUCAACACCGUCGUGCGAAGGCACAACGAGUGGCUGCCGUACUCGCCGCCUGAGGUAUUGCAGAUCGACACUGACGAGACGUACAAAGCUUACAAGUCGCACGACGUCUGGCAAUUCGGCAUUGUCCUAUUUGUCUGCCUGACCGGAUGCCUGCCAUGGCAGAAGGCGGCGAUGGACGACCCGCGCUACACCAGAUAUCAAAACUGGCACAACGCGACGCUCAACAUCGCCAAGAAACCGAAAUUAUUUCAGCUGAUCAGCUCGCGGGCGCAGAGAAUGUUCAAGAGGCUGUUGGACCCAAAGGCUGAAAAGCGACCAGUCAGCGUGUUGGAAGUAAAUAAAUAUUUAGAAGACAGAUGGCUGGCGAAACUCGGGGCCGAAAAAGCGUUGAACGGCGGCGCCGACGAGAGGGACGAGCUGUGUCCGUCUAUGUACAGCUUCCACAGUUCCUUGGAGGAGAAGAAUCAACUUCUCCACACUCUCACGACGUACGGCAUCGAGACGACGGUGGACCACUCGAAGAAGAAGGAUCGUAUCAGGGAGUGGAUACAGGCUAGCGCGAUCGUUGAGGAGAACGAGGAGGACGAGUCGGAUAUUUACGAGGACUCGGAGUUCUAUGAAGAUGAAGACAGGGAGAACGACGGGAACGGAAACGAGGAGGUGGAAUCGAUCUCCAUGAGGGGCAGGCAUUUUCCGGAGAGGCGUCCGAGCGCCGCGAUGAAGGAUCCCAGAAAGAGAAGAGGCAGCAGUAGAGUCCCGACGAGUCGGGUCGCGUCGAAAAACAGAGCGCCCGCAAAGCCCGUCGAAAGGAAAAUACCCUUCGCUCCUCAAGUGGCCGAGGAGCGAGAAACGAUCGCGCGCUUCGCCAGCUUCCCCAACGGCGAUCCGAAUCUCGCCGCCGCAGUAAGUAACGGUGGCGGCGAUCGGACUCACGAUCUUGCCGCAACCUCGGUAAACGUCGCGUCGCCCGCGACGACGAAUAAUUUCGCCGCGAGCAAUCAGCUUCAAUCGUCCGCGCCCAGCCCUAACGGCCGACACGUCACGGAUCCGGCGAGGACCAGCGCUAACAAUUCUCGAGACGAAUCACCGCUCUCCGCGCAGCCAGUCAGUGCCGUCUCUGUCAAACAAUCACCGCCCAGAAUCACGGGCAUCCCGGAGAGCGGCGGUAGAGUUGUACCGAUGAGCCCGCAAAUCCCGGCUAGAAAAAAUCGCGCUCACACGGCGCCGUUUUUGGACGCGCGGUCGGUCGAGGCUCGGGCCGAUCUAGCGAAACGGGCGCAGUCCGCGACAGUUUUACGGACGUCGGAAACGCCGGAGGACCCGCCGUUACCUCCACGUGCGUCAGCAAAGACGUCCGGUUCUCCGCAUCCGACGACAGCUCGAACGGACAAUCCCUCCGCUGCUACGUUAUCGACUUCGCGAGCGGCGAGAUCAAUCGCUCCACCGGUCGCGCGAGCUGACAGAGCACCCGCGGCGCCGAUAAUAGGCAACGCGUCUCUAGCCGAGUCCCAGCCUCCUAAUAGCGCUCUCCCUGGCCGAGUCGAAGGCUCGCCGCCGACCGCGACGCAAGUCGCAACCUCGGCCGCUUCUCACUUGGCAAUGCAGAGUUUCAACGCGCUGCAGGGUAUCGCGGGCGCACCCUCGGCUGCCGCCUCGCCGGCGACCGCGUCGUCGAGCACGAGCAAACCCGGUCAGCGGGCCGAGAAGGCGAACGUGACCUACGGGAAAGACGCGUACGAACACUACGGCAUCGCCCAGGGGAUCGUACUGCCGAUGAGAGUGAAUAUCGUUAGGCAGGAUUCCACUGGCAGCGGUAGCCGAUCUGUGAGCAACUGAGAUACAAACUGGAGGAUAUAUCGGAUUUUUCUUGAGGUCGACGACGAGGAGGUUGAAUCAUUCGCGCAAAUCGCGCUAGUCGCGAUGCCAGUAUCGAUUACUGUAUCUGUAAUACAGUACUUGAAGAAGAUGUAUUGUUCAACUUGGACAUUAUGAACGUGAUUUUCUGAAGAGAUUCAACACAAAUUGAAAAAGAUUGAUGAAACACGAAACGCAUACAUUUGCGGUUCGUGCAAUAUUUUUCAUAAUACAUGUAUAUAAUAAUACUGAUGUCGUUGAUAUCGCUUCGAUCAAAGAUUGCCGAGAGUUCCUUCGGAAACGUGUGUUGAUACAAGACGUCGCGAUGUUCGACAUGUACGAAAGGCAAAGCCGUCGCGUGAAUAAUGUUACAACAGAACGCGGAUGGAGACGUCACGUUAUCGUACAUUAUACUUCAUUAGUUUCAAGAGACACUUAUAUCGCCACGUGUCGCUCGCUUCACCAAGCCUAACGGGAUAAAAUUAGCGCGGCGUCUCGGGAAGAGUUGCACCGUGCGGGAAUGUUCCCGAGGCCAUUAGCGCUCGGCCGUGGGAAACGCUGAAAAUUUUCAUUGUCCCAAAAACGUGACGCGAGUCCGCGCGCGUUUCGUUAACAGCUUCGCUUUUUAAUUACAAAUUUCUAUUGGCACACCGAACAUUUUUCUUCGAGAGCAGCGUGCAGAGGGAAAACGUAGCCGCGGAAUCAGUUAAUUAGAUAUUUAUAUUUGUUUUGUGAUAUUAGAAAUCAUGUGUACUAUUUGGCUGACUAUGCAUGUAAGUGCAACAGAUUUUGAGAGAUGCGAAAUGCGGGAAAAUGUAAAAUAUACAUAUAAUGAUUUGUACAUUAGUACUCUAAAGAGUCUAAAGGGAUGUUACCUCUGAGAGGUAAUAUUUGUUGUUUUAAUAUUUUAAAUUUUUCGUAUUUAAAAGGCUAAUAUCACGUAUUAAGUGAUACAGUUAUAUUACAAUUUUGCUCGAUGUGAUUUGCGAUUAUUAUCUAAAAACAACAUGCAGAAAUAAACGUAACGUCUUCACAGAGAGACACAACGUUUGAAUAAAUCGUAUCACGAUACGCGUUUCAGACAUAUACGCUCUUGCUACUGAUAUGUAAACACGUGGAUAUCGGAUUGCUUGUGCUAGCUGUUAUGUUAUCGUACGGUUUAUUUACAGAAAUACAUAUACCGUAUAUAUUUUUUCCAUUUUUGAAGCAGAAUAAUAAAAACAAGAACGAUGAAUUAAUAUAUACACGCGCGUAUUAAUCCUUUCAAGAUGUAUAUACGAAGCCGGCUGUUUGUUAUCGAUAAUAUUUUGGCGAUCUGAUUGUCAGGUAAAGAUAUAUACAGGCGUCGCGGAGUUGCUAAUUAGAUUAUUGGAUGUUCGAUAUUACCUGAUUUGCGUGCGGGGGCGGCCGUGACUAUUAGAUAAGCUUCCUUCGGUGGUAAGUUUCGCUUAAACUCCGACACCGCUCGAUGGA